AUGGCUAGCCACAGACUUUCCCCUCCAAUCGAGGUCACAUCGCGCCUGCGGCAGCCUUCGCCAUUCGGGAGUUUCAUGGAUGUGGGCAAAGGUUAUUGGAGGACUUUAUCCACUGGUGAAGCAGUCGCUUGGAACCUUCGAUAUGAGCCCACCCCAGUCCACUUGACCCAGAGGGACUAG